AACGUUGACUAUAAAGUUAUUUUGGAAAAUUAGAAUUUGUAUUCAGCAAUCAGCUGUAAUAUGGAUUCUGGCACGAGUAAAUCGUCUAUAAAGGUUUCACGUUCUCCUGUUCAUAGAAUAAAAGAUAGUAUAAAUUUUUUAUUUCCUACCUCACGUAGAAGUUCGCCUUUACCCACUAAUGACAUUGAACAAGAAAGUAAAAUAGACCAGUUAAGUACGUAUCUAGAGGAGCUGGGUCAUCCUUUGGAUACUUCUCAAAUAGAAAAACUUUUAGAACUAAACGCAUGGAAUGUAAGAGAAGUGGCAGAACAUUUUAGUGAUCUGGGGGAAGCUGAAGAAGGGAUAAUAGUAGAUAUACAAAAGGACAUAGUAAUGCUGGGUUGCGAAAACGACCGCAUGACUAGUUGCUAUAUAGAUAGUGUUUUAUUUACAAUGUUUGCACGAACUCAAUCUUUCGAUGGUCUUCUUUUUGUACAGGCGGAAGGAGUGAAUGCACGAGUUUUACAAACACAUUUAAGAUUAUUUGUAAAUAGGCUUCGAUCAGGCAAAUUUAUAAAUUCUUAUAUGAUUAAGCAAUUGCGUGAAUGUUUAAUAUCCUGCGGGUGGAUUGGUGAAGACAAUUAUGGAAAUCCAACACAAGAGGAUGCCAGCGAAUUCUUUUUGUUUUUAUCUUGUCUUUAUGAACUUCCCUAUCUACCUCUUGGGAUGCAUUUAUUUCACGGUGCUAGCGCAGAUGCAAAUGACGAGCGUGUUAUUACUGAACGAUUGAUCCAAGUUUCUAUACCUGGUGAUCCGAUGGAUGAAACACCCGUUUCUUUGGAAGAGGCAUUAGUAAAUUAUUUUCAUGACAGUGUAGUUUCUGGAAUAAAUCGGGUUGAUGAUGACUUUAGACAGACAGAAGUUUCUGCUUGGCAAGUUUUAAAGCUUUUGCCAUUCUAUUCUGCUAGUAAUGAGCAAGGUGAAAAGAUAAAGGCGGUUGAAUCCCAUUUUCCCACAACAAAUUUAAUACUUCCGCUUGUGCUUAAACGUUAUGGCUAUAAUGACAAUCUACAACCAUUUAGAAUAAAUAAAAAUGUAUAUAUACCUCCUUUUGUCAAUUUUAACGGGUUUGUUAAUUCAGAUGCUGCAGACGAACCUCCAUGCCAUUGUGGCAUCGAUGUUCAUUAUCGCUUAAAAUUAAGAUCAGUUGUUUGUCAUUAUGGUAAUAAACUAUCUUCAGGACAUUAUAAAGGGUUUACUUUAGAUGAUGAGGAAGGGUGGUUUAGAUUAGAUGAUCUUGACUCAAACGAACGAGUGACAAAAUUUAAUUCCUUACAAGGCACAACUAUGUUAUUUAAUGAAUUUAGUCGACAUGGCUAUUUACUUUUUUAUGAAUUACAACGGGUGCAUCCAGGCAUAGUUGAUGAAGAAUUAGCAAUUGAACAUGAUUAUCAUGUGGCACAAAAUUUACAAUUUGUUGAAUUUGCUGAUAAAAAAAAUAAUUGUGUUUUGCAGUGAGGAACUCACUGAUGGUAAUCAUCACCAGUAGUUCUAGUAUUUUUAAAAUAUCAAAUCUAUUGCCUAAUUUAUAAUAA